AUGUGUCUGUGCACCAAAGAAAACCCGAAAAUCGUGGUCAUAAUUGGCGCUACGGGUACCGGCAAGUCCAAACUGGCAAUUGAUCUGUGUCGUCGUUUCGAUGGAGAGGUCGUCAGUGCCGAUUCGAUGCAGGUCUACGAAGGUCUGGACAUUGUAACCUGCAAGGUCAGCCGCUCUGAUAUGGCGGGCGUUCCUCAUCACCUGAUGAGUUUCCUACCACCACAGACCGUUGGCUAUACGGUUGUUGAUUUUAGAAAUAACGCUUUAAAAGCGAUCGAUGCCAUUCUCUCUAGAAGCAAGAUACCGAUGAUUGUCGGCGGUACAUUCUAUUACGUCGAGUCGCUGAUUUGGUCGAAUCUCAUCAGCGCGGACAAAGCGGUGUUGCUGGAAGACGACGACUAUCACUCUUCACCGUUUUACGAUGAUCUGCCUGACGGUCUGCUUUCGAUGACCGAUGAACAGUUGCACGCUGAAUUGAGGGCUGUUGAUCCGGAGAGAGCAUUGCAUCUGCAUCCCAAUAACCGGAGACGGGUGGUGCGUAGCUUGCAGGUAUGGUACUCGACGCACAAAACUCAUACUCAGUUGCUGAAGGAGCAGCACCAAACGAUUGGUGCUAAUGGCUUCGGUGGGGCGCCUCGUUUCAACCAAGUGUGCAUCAUAUGGCUGCAAUGCGAAAAGAGCAUCUUGGACAUAAGACUGAGGCAGCGGAUCAGUUCGAUGGUCGAACAGGGUCUCAAGAACGAACUGACCUGUUUUGUCGAUGAGCAUUAUCCGUCGUUCCGAGAAAAGCCGAAACGACUGCCGAAAGACUGUGAUCGCGACAGCGACGAAAGCAAGGGCGUUUUUCAGUGCAUAGGUUUGAAACAGUUUAGCGAUUUUCUCAGCCUUCCCGUUGACCAGCGCAACUCCGCGUCAGGAGACGCCGCGUUUCGCAAAGGCCUAGAGUUGCUUCUCGUCGCUACACGCCAGUACGCCAAAAGGCAGCUGAAAUGGAUCAAGAACCGGUUCGUGAAGAGACCCCUUGACGAUGGAUUCAAGUUGUUCGCUCUAGACGUUACUCUGGAUGACAACUACGAAGCCGCCGUGCUGGGCCCCGCCACAGAGAUUGUGCGCAGUUUCUUGAACGGACACCCGUCGACGAUUCAACCUUUGCGCUCCAAGUCGGACUCCGACGUGUACUCAUAUGACGAAGACGCCAACCGCCAUAGACUCUGUGAGGUGUGCGACAGACUGAUCGCCAAUAGCCAGUGGCAAAGUCACAUUUUGUCUCGGUCUCAUCGCAAACGGACCGGUAAACGUUGCAAACAGUCAACGAAAUGCGUUGCGGGCGACCACGAAGAGACUGAUGUACACUUGAGAAGUUGUAAGUCAUCGUCGUCUACGUGA